AUUGUGUACACGGGUGUUGCAUAUGUGGUACGUUAACCCGCUUGUCCCUGCCUUGCAGAUGAUAGCGGACAACAUGAAGAGGAAAUGCAAGUGCCACGGGACGUCGGGGAGCUGCCAGCUGAAGACCUGCUGGCAGGUGACUCCGGACUUCCGCAUGGUGGGCGGCCUGCUGAAGCUGAAGUUCCACAACGCCACCCUGAUCCGAGCGCACAACCGCAACGCCGGGCAGGUGGACCACCCGCACCACCCGCACCACCCGCACCACCCGCACCACCCGCACCACCCGCACCACCCGCACCGCCGGAGGUCCGCCGCCGCCACCGCCGCCGCCGCCGGGCUGGUCUUCUUCGAGGACUCGCCCAACUUCUGCGAGAGCGAGCCCGAGAUGGACUCGGCCGGCACCCGCGGCCGCAUCUGCAACAAGACCAGCCCCGGCCUGGACAACUGCGAGAGCUUGUGCUGCGGCCGUGGCCACAACAUCCUCCGCCAGUCGCGCAGGGAGCGGUGCAACUGCAAGUUCCACUGGUGCUGCUACGUGGCAUGCGACGAGUGCAGGGUGACCGAGUGGGUGAGCGUGUGCAAGUAGAGUAGAGGCCCCCGGAGGCUGCGGAGAGACGAGGACGCACGCUCACUCACACUCGCACGCACGCUCACACACUCACACUCGCACUCACAUGCAUGCAUGCAUGCACACACACGCACACAUGCACACUCACAUGCACACACGUGCACACACACAUUCACACUCAAACACACAUACUCACACUCACAUGCACGCACGCUCACACACACAUUCACACUCACACACACACACUCAAACACGCACACUCACACUCGCAUGCACACACGCACACAAUUCACACACAUGCGUGUAUGCGUACACCCUCACACUAGCAAACACAUCCAAACACACACUCAUACUCACGCACACUUACGCGAACACACACACUAAAACACACUCAAACACACACACACA